AUGAUCUUUAAAUUAUUUUCUUUCAUUGCUCUCAUUGCGUUCUUUGUAACUUUAGCUGCAUCUGCGCCAGCUAUAACUUGUCCAUUUUCCCCUGAAGAUCUCAAAGAUGAAAGUAAACUUAAAACCUUUAUUGUUACACUUAAAUCACCUUCCGAUCCAAAUGAGGCUGCAAAAGUCGAGAAAAAACAUUUUGAUAUAUUAAAAGAAUGUGGAGACAAAUCAAUUAUAAAUAUACUUGGGGAAAUUGUUGAUGGAUUGAUAGAACUACUUCCAGUUUUUAAAAAAGAUGUUAAGAAAAUUUUAAAUUUUACUACCAAAGGACUUAUCAUAUAUUCCGGAAGAUUUACUCAAAAUUUUGUCGAUGAACAUUUAUCUAAACUAGAAGAAAUUCUCAUCAUUCAAGAGGAUAUUAAAUAUAUAUUAGGUGAUGAUGUUUUUAAAAAAAUCGAUAAAGUCGGUCUUCCUACUUUACAAUCUGGUGACAAAACUAGUGUGAUAAAUCUUGAUCGUGUAGAUGAAAGACAAUUUCCAUUAGAUGGAAAAUAUCAAUCCCCCGAAGGCAAAUGCCAAGGAGCGAAUGUUUAUAUUUUAGACACAGGAAUUAAUACACUCAAUCUUGAUUUUGGUGGAAGAGCUAAAUUUGCUGCUGCCUUUUGUGAUGGAUGUAAAAAGGUUGACGAUAACGGUCAUGGAACAAUUGUUGCUGGAAUUGUUGGUGGUAAAAAAUUUGGUAUCGCAAAAUUAGUGAGAUUAUUUGCCGUCAAAGUAUUAGAUUCAGAAGGUUCGGGUUUCAUGUCAGACCUACUUUUGGCAAUACAGUUUGUAACUCAAAAACAUUUAGAAUCUGAGAAUAAGAAAACUAUCAUCAACAUGUCCUUAGGAUUUGGCAAGUUAGUUCCACAAGUUGAUCUCGUUAUCAAGAACGCUCAUAAACAAGGAAUUAUUACGGUUGUAUCUGCUGGCAAUGAUGAUCGAAAUGCUUGCGAGGUAUCUCCAGCUGCUACUAAAGAAGCAAUAACUGUUGGUGCUACUGAACUUAAUAGUGAUGAAAAAACAAGUUUUUCUAACUUUGGAAAGUGUGUUGAUAUAUUUGCACCCGGACGAGAUAUUGAAUCGGAUUUGCAUUUUUUACCAGUUGGUUCUCAAACGGCAAGUGGUACAAGCUUUUCCGCCCCUCAUGUUGCUGGUGCCGUUGCUUGUAUCAUCGCCAAUGAAGAUUUAAAUCCUGAAGAAGCGGCUAAAAAACUUUAUAAACUUUCCACGAAAAAUAUUGUCAAAGGUAUCAAAAGUGAUACUCCUAAUAGAUUUUUAUUUGUUAAAGGUUCAGGCCCAGUAAAACAAUAG